AUCAGUCGCAGUGAAAGCAAGUUAACAUCGAGACCAAGUGUACGCAGGAUGGUUCCUCAGUUAUCAACUGUGUUGUUCCACAUCUUAACAUGGCUUCCCUCAUUUUUGUGCCUUCCUAUUCCUCCAGAAGAUGGCGUCUGGGGUACAUAUUCAAGGAGUUCCUAUUACUACUCUGAUUAUUCCUUUCCGAAAACAUCAGCACCUAGAAAUCCUUUCCUCCCCAAGCCACAAAAAUGUCCAGACACUGGGCGUACAGUAUGUAAAAGUGUUGAUCAGUAUCCCUUUGACCACAUUUUUGAUGUUGUGAACAAAGUCAAAACAAAGGGUUUUAACUUCAGCUCACUUUUCUUUGAUGAACGGGAAGGAGACGCCGAACCCGCAAUGUUCCCAGACCUUCCAGUUGCUCCUGAAGAGACGCAGAAGCACGACGGUUUCCUUAUCUACCAAACCUCCGUUCAUUACCAGUACAGUAAACCCACUCCGAAGUCUUGGGAUUAUGGACCUCAUACAUAUCCAAGACACACGAAAGUGACUCAUCCUCACCUACUGACGCAGCUCCCAUUUCAUGCCCACCGAGGACUUGUACGAAGAGCAGAAGAUGAAGAACCCGUUUGUGCAAUCAGAUCCACGUUCAUCUCACCUAAAGCAGCCCUCAGCGACAAGUCAGAGUGGAAAUAUAUUGUUAAUGUAGCAGAACGUGAUUCUCGCUUGAGGCAAGUCAUCAGGGUUGACAUUUGUAGCUCUCCUGAUGAAAGUUGUUCUAGCCAAGUCAGCUUGCCCUUUGGUUACACCAGUCGCUGCAAGCAGAAGUACAUCAAGAAGAAGCUUUUGUCUCUUGAUGCUGACGGACAAGGAACUUCAGAGGAGAACUUUUUUGUUCCCUCCUGCUGUGUGUGCCAGAUUUCCAGAAACUCCGAGAAAUAGGACUUGUCUAGUCUUGUUCGUCAUCUGGAUUACGUGUCCCCAAUGGUCUACCUAUG